AUGUUGGGCCAGAGUGUCCGGAGGUUCACAACCUCUGUGGUCUGUAGGAGCCACUAUGAGGAGGUCCCUGGGAAGAAUCUGCCAUUUUCAGUGGAAAACAAGUGGACGUUACUAGCUAAGAUGUGUUUGUACUUUGGAUCUGUAUUUGCUACACCCUUCCUUCUAGUAAGACCCCAACUGCUUAAAACAUAA